GGAUUCAGUCUGGUCAUGUGGAGAGGGGAAAACGAAACCAAAUCUACUUGGGUGUCACCUCCCGAAGUUUUGACUACAGACCAAGCGGAGACUGAUUUAUUUCAGCAGCUUCAGUCAACAAAAGAGUUGUUCUCUCUGGCGCAGUUAACGAUCACAUAUCAAAUCUUGAUCUACUUUUGCGACGAGACACUGAAGACAGCAAACCGACAGGAGAAGCAUGUCUGCGGCCAACAGAAAGGAACUGCAGGAGGCCUUGUGCAGGUACACCACAGAUACCCUCACCCAUGUUGACACUGUGAGACGAUUCCGUCAGAGGAUCUCUAAAUGGAUGCUCGGGAGGGAGACGGAGCUGCACAUGAUGAUGGACAUCAAAGACAGGGCUGACAAAAUAGACCUGAAACUCAGCCAUGUUACCGAGUCACAGAACAAAGGUAAGGCUUUCGGGGAAUAUUUAAAGAACAAGGUGACCCCGAUGACAGCGGACAGAAGCCGUGCAGAACUGGAGGAGGAGCUGGCUGCCGUGCUGAAGGACAUUCUGGGAGGCCUGGAGGAGCUCGACUGCUUCCUGUUAGCACUGGAGAAGCUGGCGGUCACCUCCCUUCGUGUGUUCUCGGAGGAGAACCAGGUGUUACGUCUGUCCAAAGGGAUCAGCCUCGAACAUGUUCAGGUCGUCAUCGCUACUGCACGAAAAAACUGCCUUCUCCUCCUCGACUUUAAAAGAGACGCAAGUGUCUUCUUCCUUCCCAAACUUCAGAAUGUGGAAGUGCUGUCCUAUCAGCUGGACAAAUACAUAAAGACCAUCCAGAAGAUCUGUGACAAGCUAGAGAAAAGCUCUCUCAGUGAGUUUUGCCCGACGUUGUCUAUAAAAACUGUGGUGGACCUUGAUGUGGAUUUAUCUGAAGAUGAAAUACAAAGGAUGCUUUGUCACGUUAAUCAGCUCGAUGAUAUCAGGAUGGACCCGCACUUUAGGAUGGUGUCCUUGUUCCAGGACGUGUCCUGUUCCAGCUUCAUUAAAGAGUACACCGAGCGUCGACCCAGGAUGCUGCAGUUUCUAAAAGACCUGGAGGAGAAUGCCGUCCAGCUGGACAGGAUGAAUAAGGGUGCAAAGAUCUCCAGCGUGGCAGGCAGCUCAGUGGGGGCGGUUGGAGGUGUGCUUUCCAUCGUCGGUUUGGCAUUGAUUCCUUUCACAGCAGGAGUGUCUCUAGCUCUGACGAUGACUGGGAUAGGCCUGGGAAUUACCAGUGGAGUCAACAGUAUUGUCACCACAGCCACAGAGAUAGGAGUAAACAGUACACAACAGAAGAAAGCCAGUGAAGUCUUCCAGUGCUUCAUGGAUGAUGUGCAGAGUAUCCAGGAUUGUCUGGAGGAGGUGCCCCCAGAGGAAACAGGCCAGAUAGAUGUGGCUGUGGAAGUGGGCAAGCUGCUUUGUAAAGCUGGUGUUAUUGGAAAAAGUAUUGAUUCACUUGCUGAUGCUGCCUCCGCUGCUAAGCUGCUAAAAAAUGAAGAGCUAAUUUCAAGUGCUGCCAAGGUGGCUGUCCAGGAAGGUAAAGCAUUGCGUAACGUGCCAAGGGUGGCCUCAGAUAUCCCAGAUAUUGGCCAGGCAGCAGUCAAAGGGCCUCUUGCCCUCACCAAGUCAGCCAGGGCCGGCCUCAUCGCGGUCAAUGCUCUUUUCCUCGGCAUGGAUAUCUUCUUCAUCUGUAAAGACAGCAUCAGUCUGGCCAAAGGCUCUGAGACUCAAGUGUCACAGUUCAUCAGAGCCAGAGCUGCACUUUGGACCUCAGAGUUGGACUCGUGGCAGAAGAUCCAUGACUCCCUGUGCAAAGGUCUGCUGACAUCAGAGAACAACAAAGUUAUCAUGGAGGCGCCAUUUUAUCCGGAAAUGCCGAUGAAGAAACAAAGAGAAACAGAAACGCCAUGUGAUGAAGUGGAUGAAAACCUGAAAGUAACUCAGUAGUGCUCAGUGAGAAGAGAUUGCUGUGUGCCACGUCUGACGCUGUGAUCAGAUAAGAGAUCGUUUAAUGUGAUCGAACCAUGUGUAAAAAGUCAACUCUGCUUGUAACUAACUGUUCAGAUCUUUAAGGAAUUAUUUUUUUAUUGAAUCAACUUUUUAACCUUUUGCUAAAAUGUAUUGCAAUAAUGUACUAUAGGUAUUAUUUAGUGAUACAUACUUUAUCGAAUCAUAAAUGUAUUGAAGAAUAAAAUCACUGUUCAUUCACUGUCCAUAUGUAAAUAUAUUCAGAGCAGAUUAUUAUUAUUAUUAUUAUAAGGAUACUUUGAGAUGUAACAGUCACCAUCUGACCUCUAAGGUCUCUCUGCACAUGACUUGACAGGUGAUUCAGGGAUCAGGCUUUUUCCCCAGUGUAAUGCAAUAACAAAUAAAUAAAAAAUGCUGGAGUUUAAAUGGAAUUUGAUAUGGUGGUUGGGCAACUUAACUCGCAAGCUAUAUUGUCUUUAUUGAUCUAUUUUUGUUAAUACAUUGGACUGUUUUCCUUCAAUAUGUAGCCUACAUUACUUUCCACACCUGAAUGUUCCCUCUGAGGAUUAAAUGCUCGUCUUAAUAAAUGUGUAUAAAUCCAGAAUACCUUCGUGGUGUU